AUGAAUGUAAUAAACUAUGAGUAUAUAAGACACCUUUGGAUUGAGAAUGAACAAAACAAAAAAAAAUCAAAUAAAAAAUUUGCAAUAUAUCACAUAAUAGAUAUACUAAUCAUUAUAAUUGCAUUUCUGGGUUGUUACAAGUUUAACUUAUCACAAUCAUAUCAAAAUGAAAGAGCCCGAUUUUACAGUUUUUGUAGUACACUAGCUGAUAUGGUUGUUUUAGGGGGAAUAAGAAUAGUCUACACAAUAUUUUCAUUAAUUGUUAAUUCAAAAAUAUACCAUUUAGAAUCAUUAAAAAAUAUGUUUAAUUAUGGAAAUCAUUUUACAGGAAUAUUUGUAAUUAUAAUGUGGUUGAAGAUGAUUAAUUUUAGUUAUUAUGUGGACAUAAACGUGAAUGCAAACGUGAAUAUAAGCGAUAAUGCAAACGUGAAUAUAAGCGAGAUUGCAAACGUGAACGAGUUUAUUGAUUUGUAUGUGAUAAUUUUUCGAGCUAUACUUAUAGCAUAUAACUUUAUUUCAGCCAUAUAUUAUUAUUUUUUUCAUAGAUAUGUAUAUAUUAUAAAUAAAAAAAAUAUAAUUGCUAAAAUAGAAUUGACAAAAAUAUUAUUAAAUGGUAUGGAAACUAAUGAAAACAUUGUAUUAGACAUUCGUUCUGAUCAAUUUCCACCUAAAUCUACUUCAUUGUUGUCCCAACAAAAUGAAAUGAAUAUCACAUCCAGUAAUUAUGAUACAGAAAUGAAUAGUGAAAAUAAACAAUUGAAAGAUAAACCAAAAAGACAAAAUACAUCAUUAACGGAUGAUAUGGCAUAUAAUAAAUUAAAUGACUCAGAUGAUUUAAGUAAAAGUCUUGAAAGUAAAAAAAAGAAAAAAACAAUUAAAGAAAAAUCUAUAUCAAUUGAAGAAUUAAACAUUGAUAAAUCUAUUAAAGAGUAUUUAUUAAAAAAUAAAAUAAGAUUAUCUAUUAGUAGUAAUUGUAGUUAUAAAAAAAAAAAUAGUAAAGGAGGAAAUUCAAGUAAAUCCUUUGACGAACCUAAUGAUAGUGAAGCAGAGUCGUUAAAGAAUAUUGCAUUUUUAGAAAACAGUUUUGAUUAUAAAGAAUUUAAAGAUAUUUUAAUGCCUUAUGUAUGGCCUAGUAGAAGAAUAGAUUUAAAAGGAAAUCAUUUAAUUUUACGAGCAUAUGUAUUAUUUAUAUUUAUUUUAGUCAUAAUUUCAAAACUUUUUAGUGUUACAUCACCAAUUUAUCUUGGAUUAGCAUCUAAUGAAGUUUUAAAUAAGAAUUAUUAUAAUUCUAUAUACUAUUUAGGAUUAUAUGCCUCUUUUAUUUUUUUUUCAUCUUUUUUAAAAGAGAUAUUAGGUGUAUUAUACUCUCAUAUAAAAGAGUCUGCAUUUAUAGAACUUCAGGAAUCAAUAUUUCAUAAGUUCCAUAAUUUAUCUUAUGAAUGGUUUUCAAAUAAAAAUGCAGGAGGAAUAAUGAGGACAGUUGAUAGAGGUACUGAAAGUGCAAGCAAUUUGAUGAAUUCCCUUGUAGUAUAUAUAAUUCCAGCUGCGAUUGAAGGUCUAGUAACAUGUAUUGUUUUUAUUUUUAAAUAUAAGAAUAAAUUAUUAGGUAGUGUAUUAACCUUAGGAUUAACAACAUAUAUAUAUACUACAAUAAAAAUAACUAAAUGGAGAAAGAAAAUAAGAAAUAAAGUAAAUAAAAUGGAUAAUUUAUAUCAUGGUAUAGUUCAUGAUUCAUUAGAAAAUUAUGAAAAUGUUAAAUAUUUUAAUAAUGAAGAUUUUGAAAUAAAAAAAUUUUGUGGUGCAUUAUCAAAUUUUAAUAGAUAUAAUAUUAAAAUUUUAAACAGUUUAGGGAUGUUAAAUAUUGCACAACAAUUUAUUUUGAAUUCUACAUUAUUCUUUACUUUAUUUUGUGUUAUAUACAUGAUCAUAUAUAAAGGAGAAGAUAGUGGAACAUUUAUUAGUGUUAUGGUAUAUGUAUCUAAUGUAUUUGCACCCUUAAAUAUUUUAGGUACAUUAUAUUCUACUAUAGUUAAAUCCUAUACAGAUAUAUUUGAUUUAACAGAUGCUUUAAAAGAUAAAAUACCAGUUGCAGAUGAUACAGGUUUAGAAUCCUUUUCUCUCACAUCGCAUGAAAAAAAAUUUGGUGUAAAUAUUGAAUUUUCAGAUGUAAAUUUUAGUUACCCAAGACAAUCAAAUUGUAAAACAUUAAAAUCUAUAAACUUUUUUAUUCCUGCUGGUACUACUUGUGCAUUAGUUGGACAUACGGGUUCAGGUAAAUCAACUAUUGCAAAAUUGUUAUAUCGUUUUUAUGAUGCUGAAGGGGAUAUUAAAAUAGGUGGAAAAUGUAUUAAUAAUUAUAAUCGUAAAUCGACAAGAAGUAUUAUUGGAAUAGUACCACAAGAUACUGUAUUAUUUAAUGAAACAAUAAGAUAUAAUAUAUUAUAUGGUAAAUUGGAUGCAACAGAGGAGGAACUAAUUAAAGCUACUAAAUCUGCUCAAUUAUAUGAUUUUAUAGAAGGUCUUCCUAAAAAAUGGGAUACGGUAGUUGGAAAUAAAGGAAUGAAAUUAUCUGGUGGUGAAAGACAAAGAAUAGCUAUUGCUAGAUGUUUGUUAAAAGAUCCUAAAAUUGUUAUUUUUGAUGAAGCUACAAGUGCAUUAGAUUCUAAAACAGAAUACUUAUUUCAAAAAGCUGUUGAAGAUUUAAAAAAAGAUAGAACUCUCAUAAUUAUUGCUCAUAGACUUAGUACCAUAUCUUCAGCAGAAUCAAUUAUAUUACUAAAUAAAGGAAGGAUUGUAGAAAGGGGAACACAUAAGGAGUUAAUUAAACUUAAUGGUGAGUAUGCUGAAAUGUGGAAUAUGCAAUCUGGUGGGAAUGAUGCUAAUUGA